AGGGGAUCGUACACCUUUUUUUUAAUUCCGGGAGGAAGCGGCGAGUUGAGUGGCCGUCCCUGCAUCCAUCCCGCCGCAACUUGUCAAGGCACAAGCGUGCCGGAGCCGACCGCAGAGCUGAGCCGGCACAGGGUCACGGGAUCGGUUUGACAACCAAACGCUGCAGACGGGCGUUGCCAGAGGUUUGGAGCGGAGAGCUGAAGGGAGACUAAUGUGGGAUGGCUUAAAGACCACCUGAAGGCCAUCAACGGAUGGUUUAUCCCCCGCUGUUGCUUUUUCAAAGACUGAUGGAGUAGUCAUGAUGCUCAAAGAAAUAUCAGCGGACCUUUGAAGAAUGAAUUUUCCGACCCACUGGAUUGUUCUGGAGGGAAAAGGCGUCCAAGGUCAAAGGAAAGUCAUCAACAGCGGAAUCAGUUGGCCUUUUCUCAGAUCAAGGAUUCUUCGAGAGAGACAAAAUUAUUCAUGACUUUUCAAGGAGAUGAACUUUAGAAGAGUUGUCAUCACACAAUAAGUUCAAUAUAGUAAUAUUAAGAUAGUUAGUAGAUCUUAGUUUUAGAUGGCUUGCUUAGAGACAAUGCAAUAAAAUCAGUUAUUUUUGUUGCGAGGUAAAAUUAAGCGUGCUGUGAAAGAUGCUCGUCUCAAAAUGACUGUUCAUGCAAAAGCAUGUUAUAACAAAAGCAGGUACUCUGCAGGUGGUAUGAUUCCAAAGUGCCCUAUAUUCAGCAGAUAACCUCCUAUAUAUUUGUGAUCUUAUGGAUUAACUUUUAACAUCUUACACAAAGGCCUUUUUUAUUUAUUUGAAAAUACAUCUGAAAACUCUACCAGUUCUUCUUUAACUCUACCAGAUCUUUUAUAUUACACAUAGAACCAGGCAGAGUUUUAUUUCCUACUUUGUUUUUCGUCAUAAUGGCUCUCUCGUGGACAUUGGCUGCAUUGGCUUUUCUUAGCUGCUGUAAUUUCGGCUGGUGUGACGCCUCGAGGACUAUUGGUUCGAAAUCAGGAGGAAGUACACCGGAGCAAGAACCCUCGUCGUUGGAGCGAGUGAAGAGAGGAUGGGUGUGGAACCAGUUUUUUGUGGUAGAGGAGUACACAGGCACGGAGCCCCUCUAUGUAGGAAAGAUCCAUACGGACUCUGACGAAGGAGAGGGGAACAUCAAGUACACCAUCUCCGGAGAAGGUGCGGGCUCCAUAUUCAUCAUCGAUGAGCAAACGGGGGACAUCCAUGCUACGGAGAGGCUGGACCGAGAGGAGAAAGCCUUCUACACGCUACGGGCCCGGGCCCGGGACCAGCUUUCCAAUGACCCCCUGGAACCGGAGUCGGAGUUUGUCAUCAAGGUCCAGGACAUCAACGACAGCGAGCCCAAGUUCUUGGAGGGCCCCUACAUCGGCAGCGUGGCAGAGCUGUCCCCCAUAGGAACAUCUGUCAUGAAGGUGACUGCAUCGGAUGCUGACGACCCCACCUACGGCAGCAGCGCCAGGGUUGUGUACAGCGUACUGGAUGGAGAAAAGAUUUUCACAGUUGACAGGCACACGGGAAUCAUCAUGACAGCAGUGGCAGAUUUGGACCGCGAGACACAGGAUCGGUACGAGUUGGUCGUCAAGGCAACAGACAUGGCCGGACAAAUGGGCGGCCUCUCGGGCUCCACCACAGUGACCAUAGUGAUCACAGAUGUUAAUGACAACCCGCCGCGCUUCCCGCAGAAGAUGUACCAGUUUUCCGUGUCCGAGGGGGCGGCCGUGGGCACGCCGGUUGGACGCGUCAUCGCAACGGACGCCGACAUGGGGGAGAACACCGACAUGAGCUACCUGAUCAAAGAGGAAGGGGAGCUCUUCAAGGUCACCACCGACGUAGAGACGCAGGAGGCCGUCGUCUCCAUCAAGAAGCCGCUGGACUUCGAGGCCAAGCGCACGCACAACGUCGUCGUGGAGGCCGUGAACAAGCACGUGGACCCCCGCUUCGCGGAGCUGGGUUCCUUCGGGGACCAGACCAUCGUCUGCGUCAGCGUGUCGGACGUGGACGAGCCGCCCGUCUUCCAGCCGGCGGAGGGCGCCGUCAUGGAGGUGCAGGAGGACGCCAAAGUCGGGGCGCUGGUCGGCGUCGUCGCCGCCAGGGAUCCGGACGUGAAGAACAAGCCUGUCAGGUUCUCCAUCGAUCGGACCACGGACGAGGACAUGAUCUUCCACAUCGACCCCGAUUCGGGUGCCAUCACGCUGGAGAAGAUUUUGGACCGUGAGACGGCAGGAUGGCACAACAUCACAGUGAGGGCUGUGGAAGCAGAUAAUCACACCAUGGCGUCCCACUCGGCACUGAGCAUCCGCAUUCUGGACGUGAACGACAAUCCUCCUGAACUGGCCACGCCGUACGAGGCCUCCAUAUGCGAAGAUGCCAAACCGGGACAGCUGAUUCACACCAUCAGCGUGGUGGAUCGAGACGAGCCACAAUCGGGUCACCGCUUCUACUUCACCCUGGCCCCCGAGGCCGCCGGCAAUCGACACUUCACCCUGUGGGACGUCAAAGACAACACAGCUGGCAUCCGGACCCAGCGGUCAGGCUUUAACCGCCACGAGCAGAACGUGUACUUCCUGCCUAUCCUGGUGGUGGACAGCGGGCCCCCCUCCCUCAGCUCCACAGGCACCCUGACCAUCCACGUCUGUGGCUGCGACACAGAGGGAGCCAUCCAGUCGUGCAGCGCCACGGCCUACGUGAUGAGUGGCGCCCUCAGCCCGGGAGCGCUCAUAGCGCUGCUGGUCUGCAUGCUCAUCCUCAUAGUCCUCGUCUUGCUGAUCCUGACCCUGAAACGCCACAGGAAAGGCCAGAGGAUGACGGAGGACGAGGAGGACAUGAGGGAUAACGUCAUCAAGUACAACGACGAGGGCGGAGGGGAGCAGGACACCCAGGCGUACGACAUGAGCGCCCUGAGGAACCUCUACGACUUCCCGGAGCCAAAGAGCGGCGACUCUGGGCCGGACCUCCGCUCGCUGCCGCAGUGGAUACAGGCCAACCGGGCGGGCGGCGCCGGCGCGGAGGGGGCGGCGGCGGCGGCAGCGGCGGCGGCAGACUUCUCGCUGUUCAAAGGCUACAUCCGAAAGAAGGUGGAGCAGGCCGACGCCGACCUGACGGUGCCGCCGUACGACUCCUUCCAGACGUACGCCUUCGAGGGCGCCGGCUCCCCGGCGCUGUCGCUGAGCUCCAUCCACACGCUGUCCACCACCUCCGAGCAGGACUUCUCCUACCUCAGCGGCUGGGGGCCGCGCUUCCGGCAACUGGCGGGCUACUAUGCGCCGGGAAACCCCGAGGAGGAAGGGUCCUAGCA